GGGGCCAUGGCGCCCGCGCAGCGCCCGUGGUUCCCGCUUCUGCUGCUCCUGGUGCCGCUGCCGCCUCCUCCGCCUUGCGCGCGCGCCGAAGACGCCACCCGCGCCAACGCGGACCGCUACGCCGUCUAUUGGAACCGCAGCAACCCCAGGUUCCACGUGGGGACGGCAGGCGACGGUGGUGGCUACACCGUGGAGGUGAGCAUCAAUGACUAUCUGGACAUCUACUGCCCGCACUAUGGGGCGCCACUACCACCGGCCGAACGCAUGGAGCACUACGUCCUCUACAUGGUCAACGGCGAGGGUCACGCAUCCUGUGACCACCGGCAGCGAGGCUUCAAGCGCUGGGAAUGCAACCGGCCGGCUGCCCCAGGGGGGCCGCUCAAGUUCUCGGAGAAGUUCCAGCUCUUCACACCCUUCUCACUGGGGUUCGAGUUCCGCCCAGGCCACGAGUACUACUACAUCUCUGCCACACCUCCUAAUGCUGUGGACCGGCCCUGCCUUCGGCUCAAGGUGUACGUGCGGCCGACCAAUGAGACCCUGUACGAGGCCCCAGAGCCGAUCUUCACCAGUAACAACUCCUGCAGUGGCCUGGGCAGCUGCCGCCUCUUCCUGAGCACCGUCCCUGUGUUGUGGACCCUCCUGGGCUCCUAGUCCUGGCCCGCAUGAUUGCCCUCGUGGACGCCCGACCUCAGCCCUCGCGACCCCGCUGUGGCCGCCUCUGAGACCAAAUAGAGACGCUGCUCUCCCUGGAGCUGCUGCCCGGGCCUCGCGGGCCAAGCCCCAGCCCGGGGAGGGGGCACCAGGCAGCUCCAUGGCCCGGCCCAGCCGUCUGCUCUGGGGAGGCCUUGGCCCCCUCUGGGUGAUUCUGUGUGUUGGGAUUUUUUUGUUUUUGUUUUUUGUUUGUUUGGUUUUUUAGUGUAUUUUUCAUGAUCAGAUCAGAAAGACUUGAGUUUUUAAUUUAAUUUAUUCCCUGCGGUUGCCGCUGACUUUGGAAAGGAAUCAGUCAAUCCCCCUGGCCCCCCAGGGAGGGGAAUCUGGGGACACCAGGACCGAUCUCUGCUCUGUGCCCCAUCUUGCAGGUCCUGGCUGGAGCCCACCGUGGACCCCCAGGUGCCCUGGCCCAAGUGUAUGGUGCAAACCCCUCCUUGUGGUCCGGGAGCCCAUAUCGUCCUGCCUCAGCCCCCUUGCUCCUGGUGAUUUGCUUCCAGCUACUGUGGGGCUACAGCUCCAUUGGGGAUCACAGCCCGCACACAUCUUGGCCUGUGCAAACAGGCCCCCACCCAGCCCCUCUGCCCAGCUGAGAAGACAUUAUAUUUCUGUAAAUAGAGCCAGCAAGUAUAAUAUACUGUGAUUUAUUUUUAACGUAUUCCUGAGGAUGGACUGGAAAGGGUUUUUUUUAGCCCUUUGUUGGGGUCUUUUAUUUUGGCGGGGGGGUGGGGGUGGGGGGUUUACUUUUUAGAAUAGAAGCAACACUUGGCAAUAAGCUCGUUUCGUCUGUUGGAACCCCCUCUCCCUCCACUCUGACCUGAUAAUGUUUCUAAGAAAAAAAAAUGGACAGAACGAAAAGGGAGGGGGACUACUAUCAAAAACAGCAGCCCCUCCCCGAAGACAACAUAAGGAAGGAAACAACGCAUUUAUACAGAUUUCAUAUUUCUACCCGCCUUUCCUGACUGUGUUUUAUAUAUAUUAAAUAUAUAUAUAUAUAUAUAUAUUGUGUAUGGCCACCGGGGGAUGCCCACACCCGCUGUGGAGAGGGCGUCGGGGGCUUUUGUAGGGGUGGUGGGGCGGGCCGUGUGACCACGCCUGGAGCUGGCACCCGG